AUGUCUUUUCAUUCUCCUUUGCAUGCAGGCGCCUUUCCAAUUGAGGUGGACACCGAGUGUCCCGAGAACAACCUAAUUGUUGAUGUGGUGACAUUCACCGGAUUUGAUUACCGUGGAAAGGAAUACAAUGGGUAUGACAUCAGUUUUGUGGGUGACUAUCGUCACUUCAAGCACGACCGCUACAAGUUUAGCAUUCCAAAUCCGGAUACUAGUCCACAUGUCGUCUUGUUUGAGAAACCAUCACGAAGCAGCGUCUUCGAGCCUGAUGGAAAGGACCAAGCACAAUACCUUAAAGCGGAGAAAGCGGAAGCUGUCAAAAAGGGCCACAGAAAAGCCAAUGAGGCCAUGAAAGGAGACAAAUCCCGAGACACGUUGAAGUUCCUGUUGAAGUUCCCCGAUGGUGCCAAGAUUACGAAUGAUCCUUUCCGAAGCGAUACUAAUCAUGGUGCCAAGUACUUUGAAGGGGACCAAUUCGUAAUCAAAUUCAAAACUGGAGACAAAGACAAAAAUGACAAGGAGGUGAUUGGUUGGAAUUGUAGAAUGUCCUACAAGGUGAUCGACUUGAACUCCGGCGAGACAUUCAAGGGAAGCGGGAACGCUGCAGCAAAGAAGGCUGCAGACAUGAUGCGUGGUAUGUCGCUUGAUGAAGAUUUUUAG